CCGGAGAUGUAUAAUACAAGGCCAUCUUGACCGAUGGACGAUCGAAGCACGUCUUAUUGCAGGAUAGGAAAGACUCUGGGCGAUGUGCGGUCCUCUACAUGGCAUCGAAACGGAUUAUCUUGGUAUCGUAACACGGGCAAAGAGAUACACAGACAAAUUGGAAGGGAGACUAAUCGAAAACGCCAAGGUCCUGGAAAAGUUGUUGGAAGAAACGCCCGAGCCCUUCAUCAGCGGGAAAGACAAACGACCUAUUACUGAUAAGGAUCUUGAUUACUUCAUUGCCGAUCUUGAUUAUUUCGCUGAGGUCGAAGACGAUGGGAACGAGGAAAGUGAAACUCUGGACGAGGAGGAUGAGCAUGAUAGCGACUAUGAACUACCUCGGUUGGAUGAUUUCUCGCAUUCACCGGAGCGAUAG